AUGGGAAAUCUAAUUCCGAUAUUUACCAGGGAAUUCGCUACCGAGAUUCAUGCUGAAAAGAUACCUAAUACCGAGCUUAGAAAAAAAAAAAACAAAACAAAGACAGUUAUGGAACAAGGUCAAUCCUCAAAAAGCUUAUGUGGUAUAUGCUUUGAUUAUGUAACAGUCUCUAAUAUGUUCACAAACACUUCAUGCAAUCAUCCCUUUUGUACUAACUGCAUCUCCAAGUAUGUGGAUGUUCGAAUAAAACAAAACACAGUGAAAUUGAGUUGUCCAAAUCCAGAAUGUUCCGUGGAACUGAAACCACUACAUUUGCAAUCCAUUUUACCUAAACAAGUCAUUCUUGAAUGGGAAUCUGCAAUUUGCGAGUCCUCGAUUUCUUUGAAGCAAAAAUUUUACUGCCCUUAUAAUAAUUGUUCUAUUUUGUUGGUGAAUGAUGGGAUAGAAGUUGUUACAAGUUGCGAAUCCCCUUCUUGUCAUAGGCUAUUCUGUGCACAAUGUAAAGUUCCAUGGCAUGGAGAUAUGAAUUGCCAGGAAUUUCAGCAGUCGAAAACUGGUCGCGAUAAUGAAAAACAAUUGGAUGAGAAAUUUUUCCAGUUGGCUAGAACACAAAAUUGGCAGAAAUGUCCAGGAUGUUCUAUGUAUGUCCAGAAAAAUGGGGGAUGUAAUAACAUGUCUUGCAGUUCGUCUGAGGAUGAUUGCAAAACUGUCCAGGAGACGAUUGCGGAGGAAAGUGCUGUUGUGAAGCAAAUUGACAAAGUUGUCAACAAAACUGUUAGGGUUUGUGGUGUUGUCAAUAGAGUUGAUGAGGAUGGGCGUGUAUACAAGAAUCUAUUAGUAGAAAUACAGUUUGUUGAACAUUUAGUGGAUUAG